CAGUCCCCAGCUUUUUGAGUCUUAUUAACUUCACAAUCAAGACUCCCAUUUGACCCCCCACUGUCCUGUCCUUCUUCAAAAACGUCAAACACUUUGAACCUUUUGUUUUCUGGGGAGAGAAACUUCUUUUAUCUGACGGUUUCUUGGACUUUCCGGCGACAUUUGAAACAAAGUUUGUGUCUUUUUUGAAAACCAACACUCUAAACAGUCUUCUCUUUGGUCCCAUUUAUUUGUUGUUUUCUGGGUUCUUGAGAAGCUGAGGUUUGUGUUCUUGGGUUUGAAAUGCUGGGGAGAAUAUUUACUGUUGUAUUGAUAGUUCCGGUUCUUGUGAGCUGUCUAGACCCGGGGGGUUUCAAUGAUGAUGUUCUGGGGUUGAUUGUGUUCAAAGCUGGGCUGAUAGACCCAGAAGCAAAGCUUGCAUCUUGGAGUGAAGAUGCUGAGAGUGCUUGUAACUGGAAUGGUGUGAAAUGUGAUCCUCUGUCCAAUAGAGUCUCUGAGGUUGUUCUUGAUGGUUUCUCUCUUUCUGGGCACAUAGGGAGGAGUCUUCUGAGGCUGCAGUUCCUGAGAGUGUUGUCUUUGUCAAAGAACAAUCUCACUGGGACUGUUAACCCUGCUCUUGCCCAGAUUCAGAGCUUGAAUGUGAUUGAUCUGAGUGAGAACAGUCUGUCAGGGCCAGUCCCUGAUGAGUUUUUCAGACAAUGUGGGUCUUUAAAGGUGGUUUCAUUUGCCAACAACAACCUCAGUGGCAUAAUCCCUGUUUCUUUGACCUCAUGCUCAACCUUGGAGAGACUUAAUCUGUCUUCAAACAGGCUUUCUGGGCAGCUGCCCUCUGGGUUUUGGUCUCUGAGCUCUUUACAGUCAUUAGAUGUUUCUGACAAUUUUCUUGAGGGUGAGGUUCCAACAGGAGUUGAGAACUUGUAUGGUUUAAGGUCAAUUGAUUUAAGCAAGAACAGUUUUGUUGGUCAGCUCCCUGAGAAUAUUGGAAAUUGUGUGAUGUUGGAAUCUAUUGAUCUCAGUGAAAAUGGACUUACUGGAGCCCUUCCUGAGUCUAUGCAGAAACUGGGUUUAUGUACUUCUCUUAAUCUAAGAGGAAAUUUGUUCACAGGAGAGUUUCCUGGUUGGGUAGGGGAUAUGAGAAGUUUGGAGGUUUUGGAUCUUUCUGCAAAUAACUUCUCAGGUAGAAUUCCAGAAUCCAUAAGCUAUCUUCAAUUCUUGAAGGAAGUAAAUUUCUCAAACAAUCAGUUCAUGGGGGGCUUGCCAGAUUCUUUUGAGAAUUGGGUUAGUCUUUUGGUCCUGGAUGUGAGCAAGAACCUGUUGAAUGGCAACCUUCCUUCCUGGAUUUUCAGGUUGGGGUUGAAGACUGUGGUUCUUUCUGGUAACAGGUUUAAUGGAAGCAUUGGGUAUGAAUAUGAUUCCAUGGAGUCAAAAACACCUCCUCCCUCAUAUCAAACCCUUCAAGUCUUGGAUUUAUCUAUGAAUUCGCUAUCGGGCGAAAUCCCAUCUUCCAUUGGGAAUUUUAGCAGCCUGCAGGUCCUGAAUGUUUCUGGGAAUUCUUUGUCUGGUGGAGUCCCAUCAUCUGUGGGCAAACUGAAAGUGACUAGAGUUCUUGAUUUGAGUCACAACGGGUUAAAUGGCAGCAUCCCUGUCGAAAUCGGGGGAGCUGUUUCGUUGCAGGAGUUGAGGCUGGAAAGCAACUUUCUUUCUGGAUUGGUUCCUGCAGAUAUCACACAUUGCUCAUCUCUAUCUUCUCUGGUUGUGUCACAGAACAAUCUUUCUGGUCAAAUUCCUGCAGAAAUUGCAGGGCUUACAGGCCUUCAGAUUCUUGAUUUGUCACUCAACAACUUCUCAGGAAGCUUACCAAAAGAGCUCACCAAUCUCACACAUCUCAUCACUUUUAAUGUCUCACAUAACCAUCUUGAAGGUGAGCUGCCAGUGGGGGACUUCUUCAACACCAUUCCUUUCUCAGCUGUAACCGGGAACCCGUCCCUCUGUGGCUCGGUGUUCAACCACUCGUGCCCCGCUGUGCACCAGAAGCCGAUAGUGCUCAACCCGAAUUCAGAUGAUUCUGCUCAUACCUCCCUUUCCCCGCUUGGCCACAAGAGAAUCGUGCUAAGUAUAUCGUCUCUCAUUGCCAUUGGGGCAGCUGUGCUUAUCGUGCUGGGUGUGAUAACCGUCACGAUUCUCAACAACUUUCAUGUGAGAUCUUCUGUGUGGGGGCAGUCUGCUGCCCCCGUGGCGUUUUCUGGCGGGGAUGAGUUUAGCCAUUCGAAUGGCACGGAAGCAAACUAUGGGAAACUUGUCAUGUUCUCGGGGGAUGCAGGCUUUGCCUCGGGGGCUCAGGCGCUUCUCAACAAGGAUUGCGAGCUUGGACAAGGCGGAUUUGGGGCUGUUUACCAGACCGAGCUGGGAGACGGGCGUUCUGUGGCAAUAAAGAAGCUCAACGUCUCGAGCCUAAUCAAAUCCCAGCAAGAUUUUGAGAGGGAAGUUAAGACACUCGGGAGCGUUAGGCACCCGAACCUUGUAGCCAUCGAAGGCUAUUACUGGACUCCCUCGUUGCAGCUCGUGAUCAACGAGUAUGCAACCGGGGGAAGCCUGCAUAGGCUACUCCACAACGAAAACCGGGAAGAAACCUGCAGCCUCUCGUGGCAGCAGCGAUUCGACAUAGUUCUCGGGACAGCCAAAGGGCUAGCUCAUUUGCACCAGAUGAACAUAAUCCACUACAACAUGAAGUCCACAAAUGUGCUUUUAACCAGCGCGGGGGAUCCAAAGGUGGGGGACUAUGGACUCGCGAGGCUACUCCCCGCCCUGGACCGCUACAUCUUAAGCAGCAAGAUCCAGAGCGCGCUGGGGUACAUGGCUCCCGAGUUCGCCUGCCAGACAGUUAAAAUAACCGAAAAAUGUGAUGUUUACGGGUUUGGAAUCUUGGUUCUCGAGGUCGUGACCGGGAAGAGACCCGUGCAGUACAUGGAAGACGAUGUGGUUGUGCUUUGUGAUAUGGUGAGGAGAGGUUUGGAAGAUGGGAACAUAGAGGAGUGUAUUGAUAAGAGGCUGCAGGGUAAGUUCCCAGUGGAAGAGGCAAUUCCUGUGGUGAAACUUGGGCUGAUUUGUGCAUCUCAUGUCCCGUCGAAUCGGCCUGAUAUGGAAGAGGUUAUUAGGAUCCUGGAACUCAUCAGAUCUCCCCCUUCAGAAAGCCAGAAAGAUUUGGAAUAAACUUGGAAAAACCAUGAGUUUUGCUGUGAAGAGAGGCCUGAUCCCCAGUUUGUUGUUUACAUAAUCUUUUGUUUUUUUUAAUGUUUCUGAGGUUUUCAAGAAUUUGGUGCAUUUUGUGUUGGAUCAGAUUGCUCAAACUUAGAGCCCUAUACAGAAUUUUCCAAGUCUU